AUGGCUCCACUACCUCAAGGUUUGAAUUUUAGUUAUGGUUGCAAUGCUUUAUAUAGAUAUUUGAUUCUUAUAACAGGCUAUUGUAUCCAAAAACUGAUAUACAAAAUUAUAAUGAAUUGAAAGUUUAAUACUUAACCGUCAUACUACUAUUCAUUAUAUAAAUAAAAAAGAUAACAGUGUAAAAGCCUUUAUUCAAUAUAAAAGGGUAUAAUUUAUAGCAUAACUCAAAACAACUACCGAGAAGUCCCCAAUUUGGUGCUAAAUGCGAAUUAUUUUAAAUUUAUGCUGAGGGGGAAUAAAAGAGUUUAUUUAUUUGGGAAAGGGGAAGGACUUUUGAAAGUGCUGAAAACAAUAUUUUUAGUUGGACUCAAAUAG